CAGGGCUGUUGCCAUUGUUGUUCUGCCCCUCAGCCCUCAGUGCCUAGGGAAGUGAGAUACCAGGGGUACCAAUUACUUAGCACCGUUGGUAGGCAGUUUCCCAGCCAAUAGAUAUCUAGCUAAGUACUAUUAUAACCUAACAAUCUAUAUAACAUGUGGCUUGUGCUCAAUGAAUGCCCCCACUUCAACACUGUUUACUCCCCUACAUAUGCAACUAAAAUUUGGGAACCGCAACCUCAACUUUUAAGAAACACGCCUUUCUUAUUUUCUACCUCUUUAAACCACUUCGAUUCUUAAGUCGCGACCUCUUUUUCGUUUUCUUUCUUAACCAACAUACUUUGGCUUGCAGCAACUAAACCCUCUGAGCAAUCCAGGGUUUCGUCAAACAGUUUCACCUUUGCGCAGCAAAACUUAUAGACGCCCGUCCGUCUCGGAAGGUGACGGCAUCGUCUCUCGCUGACCCCUUCACGCGACAACAUAUAUUGUUUGCUGAUCAGCCUACCGCCUUGGAGACCAUCCUUUCUCUCCUAUAACCCUAUCUCCUAGAUAUUGGCGCAACUUCGCGUGACUGCGAAACUCCACGAAAAGAAGAAACCCGCCAUUUGCAACUAUCUAAGCAGUAUUUGACUGCUCAACUCGCCAAGAUGCCGAUGGACAUUGAUAUGAGUCGACGAAAUAAGGUACCCCGUCCUCUUAGCGAUGACGAACGCGCACGGCUGGAGGAGUACAUCGAUUCUAUCCACUACUCAGCUCGCUAUUCGGACAGCGAAUACGAAUACCGACAUGUUCAGCUCCCGAAAGCCAUGCUGAAGGCCAUUCCCAAGGACUACCACGACCCAUCCAAGGGCACAUUGAAGUUACUGUGGGAAGAUGAGUGGCGCGCGAUUGGUAUCACCCAGAGUCUAGGUUGGGAACACUAUGAGGUUCAUGAACCGGAGCCACACAUUCUGCUUUUCAAGCGACCUCUAAACUACCAAGCACCUCAACAGUGAUCCACGAGCAAGCCGAACUAGAAGUUCACCGACCUUCCUCAUCCUUGUAGAUUACCACUCUUGACACGUCUACGACUGCAUAGCGACGUCUGCAUUUACUAGGGAAUAAUGCUUCGCGAUGAUUUAUGGCUAUUCCUAACCGACACAAGUCUCCCCCCUAUCUAGUUUCUGCUCGACCUGUUAGUGGAUGGUUGCGAUCGUUCUUUUGUUGAGAUUGCCGUUAAGCUUAUACGGCGAAUUUCGACUAGAACAUCAACAGAUAUAACAGGGGAUGGUUAGUUAUACGCGUUCGUUCUAAAGGAGGUUCGAGCAACAUAAUUGCGAGGAGCCCCCCCCACCACAAUGAGAGAGUAUGGAAACGCGGCACAAGCCUAGGCUCUAUUCUUGAUAGAACACGAGUAACCGUGUUAUAUUAGUUUCCAUAGGUCUAUGAAGACCCCUAGGAACCUAGAUAGGAAUAGAGCAUCAUGAUGUCAUGAAAA